AUGGCUUUUUUUAUUCAUAAUUUAUUACAACCAUCUGAAGUUAUCGAGCAGUCGUCACCAAUAAGGGAUAUUUUGAAUGAAACAAGGUUUUGUGACGAGACAGUUGUGUCAUGCAAAAGCCUACAGGUUGCAGAGUGUCCGAUUUUUAUGGACUCCUUCAGUUUUCCAGAGUGGUACCAAGCAAUUAACUACGUCAGCAUGGCUACUCAACAUAUUGGAUAUCAAAUUACUCGUACAGACAGCAAGCAUUAUCCAGUAAUCAUCGGACGGGGCCCACAACUGCCCUGCUUGCAACAUUACAUACAGAAAUUACAAUAUACGCGAAAAGGUGGUCAAAUUCGAUUUACGAAUGAACAAACGGAUGCACUUGAACAAAAAUUUGACAAGCAUAAGUACUUGUCAUCACAGGAACGAAAGAAAUUAGCAAGAAAUUUACAGCUUUCUGAGAGACAGGUUAAAACAUGGUUUCAAAACCGACGGGCUAAAUGGCGCAGAAUUCGUAAGGAUGAAGAAGAUGAAAUUCGUCAUGAUGCCAUAAUUUACCCAAUACCACAACUUGUCCAUUAUGGUCAUCAACAGUACCACUAG